CGUUUCGGCUUAUGGUCUUAGUUCGGAUAGACUUGUGACCACUACAUCAUGGGAAAGGAGCACCUAUGACUGCCUUUUAAGACUCACGGCUCCUCUCUUCCCAUCUAACCAUGCUAUCUCCCCCGUUCCCAGACGACUGUCCCGACUCAUCCUCUCCUCAUUAUUGACUACCAGCUCCUCAAGGAGGGCAAUACAAAUGAGAUAGAAAGGCUCUGGGAAGCCGCUCGAAAGCUCGGUUUCUGGUAAGCAGCCUGAAGAACCACGGUGCCGAAGAAGACGCUAACCGCAUGUUCGAGAUGGGAGAGGAAACGAUGAAAUCUGCCUCUCGAGGAGAAGAUGAAAUACGAACAAGGUGACGAAGGCAGAUCCUUCGGAUACAAAGCCGCAGGAAGUAGCGCUGUAGACGCAUCGGGACAGGAAGGCACCAUGGAAUUCAUCAACGUCUCCAAAGACGACGCGCUUGCCUACCCGAACGCUGUCCACCGCACCUACCCGUCCACGGUAAACGAGAGAAUGGAAACCACCAUCAUCCCAUUCGUCACCAAGUCGGCGAAAGUAAACGAUACCAUCCUGGGAAUCUUCAAUGACACACUUGGGUUACCGAAAGGAACCUUGAGCAAGCUUCACCCCAAGAACGAGCACAGCGGAAGCGAAGCGCGAACGACUCAGAACCCCCCUAGAUACGCUCCUGACCGAGUGGCGAUCGGGGCCCAUACGGACUUCGGUUCCUUGACUUUUUUACAUAACAGACUCGGAGGUUUACAGGUCCUCCCACCGUGCUAUACAGAGUGGCAGUAUGUCAAGCCGAUCCCCGGGCAUGCGAUCUGCAAUGUCGGUGAUGCACUGUCGUUAUUCAGCGGAGGUAUCCUCCGCUCAAAUCUGCAUCGAGUUCUGCCACCUCCAGGCGCUCAGUCUCAUCUCGACAGAUGGUCUCUAGUCUUCUUCACCAGACCAGGCAACUCGGUCAUCCUUCGUGCGUUAGUUGAGGACAGUCCUCUCAUCGCAGACACAGUCCACAAUACUCCUGGGAAGAACUUCGAGACUGGCCAGACGGCGAAGGAGUGGUUUGCACGGCGGGUCAAGUAUCAGAGGUUGAACAACAGGGUGGGUCCCGAAACGUGGAAGGCGAGUAGGGGGACUGAGAAUGAAUGAUGCGACUGGUAUUACUUUCAUGAGCUGUAAGCCCGGUAGACACAAGAAUGUCCGAUUUGUAUCUAUCCAGUCGAGGACAUUGUUUCAUAUGAAGCGUUUUGGCG